AAAUAUUAAUAAAUAAAAAUCAGUGGGGGAAAUGUCCACCUUUUCAACGAAGUGAGGUUUUUCAUUCUUUAGAUUGGGAAUCUCACGAGACAAGGUCGCUCGUUAGAUGAACGUCAUUUUACUUUUCUCUUUGUAGCUCGAGUGAGAACGUUAGUUCAAAGAUAGUUCAAAGGUCAAGGUCAGCAGGCAGUUCUUUAAUGUUGUUGGGGUUUUUUAAGGAGUGGGAAUGAAGAACAAUUUAAAUUAUUUUUAUUUAUUUAUUUAUUUUUAAUUGGAUGACAUUUUCUGACCCCAUCCAUGCAUGCACAGAAAAAUAGAUUUGUUGUGUAAAUAAUAGUUGUCCUCCGUUAUCCUGGGAAUAUACCCCAAAUACUUUGUUAGGUCCAAACAGAUGAAAAUGAUUAACUUUCAACUUCUUCACAGAAGAAUGAUCACCCUUUGUUGGAAAAUGUAGAACCACCAUUACUUCAAAUAUGAAAAAAAGGAUGCUUACAUGUCUUGGAAUGGAGAGGCUGACAUAUAUUGUCAGAGGCAAACAGGAAGAGCUGGUGUAUGUUUGGAACUCAUUUAUGUGCUUUUUGGAUAAUGAAACAAAGCACACUAAGUAGCAAAUGUAAAAUACUUAUAUAUCCUGCCUUCUAUUGUUCUUCUUUUGUUUUAAAUGAGUGUAUGAGGGGAGAACAUUUGUGUGUGUAUUGAUGUGUAAAAUGCAUUCAAUCGGAGGGCACAUAUAGACAUUCAGUUAACCGAAGAAGCAUGUUUUUCAAAUGUGGGUUAGUACCUGCAGAAAAAUCACACAAGCACAGGAAGAGCAUGCAAACACCACGCAGGAAGGCCAGAGCCCGGAUUCAAACCUCAGAACUCAAAUCAAUCUAACAACGACCGAUCUUACAUUCCUACCCUCACCUACGAUCAUGAGCUGUGGGUCAUGACCAAAAGGACAAGAUCGUGGAUUCAAGAAGCUGGAAUGAGUUUCCUCCGCAGGGUGUCCAGACUCUCCUUUAGAGACAGGGUGAGAAGCUUGGUCAUCCGGAAGGGGCUCAGACUCGAACCGCUGUUCUUACGCGUCGAGAGGAGCCAGAUGAGGUGGCUUGGGCAUCCCUGGUGAGGUGUCCCGGGCACGUUCGUCUGGGAGGAGGCCCCGAGGACGACACAGGACAAGCUGGAGAGACUACUGUAUGUCUCCCGUUUGGCUUGGGAAUGCCUCGGGACACACACACACCCACCUCCCACUUCCCCGGAAGAGCUGGAUGGAUGGAUGCAUCAACAGGACCCUCAGAUGUUUCCUCUAAAAAAGAGCCACAAUAAUGCUUUUUAGGACUUUACUUUUCAUAACUGUGGUGCUCUCAUGGGCACUGUCCUUUGCAGUGGGAGAUGAAUCAAACAAAGGAGAAAAGGUGCAGAGUGACAUGCAUGAUCAUGACAUCCUUCAGGAUACAGACCAAGCUGUAGCUCCAAAAGCCAUUGACAUACCAAGAUGUUUACUAUGUGUUUGCUUGAGUGGGUCUGUUUACUGUGAGGACGUGUCUCCUGAAAUGUCAGCUGUACCAGCAUUGCCGAAGGAAACAGCUUAUCUCUAUGCACGCUUCAACAAAAUCACCAAAAUAAAAAAUCAAGACUUUGCAGACACAAUCACACUGAAACUAAUUGACCUUCGUUGGAAUCUCAUCACGGAGAUAGAGGACGGAGUUUUUUCCAGACUUGCAAAUCUCGAGGAGCUCAAUCUUUCAGACAACAGGCUGACUAAACUGCCCACACUUCCCAUCAGGCCUAUGUCUUUCAACGCCAACUUCAAUAAGCUUACAACACAAGGUGUAAAGUCCACUGCUUUCAAGAAACUCACAAGACUGGCUUAUCUUUACCUUGGAAACAAUGAGCUGACAGCUGUGCCUCAACUUCCAGUGUCUCUUCACACUGUGCACCUACAUAACAACAAGAUCAAAACAAUGACAGAUGAGACAUUCUGCCAAGGAAACACCAGUUACUACAUUCGAGCUAACAUGCAUGAAGUGAGACUGGAUGGGAACCCCAUCCAGCUGUGGAAGCACCCUUACAGCUUCAUCUGUCUGCACAGUCUUCCAAUCGGAUGGUACAACUGAAAUAACCAGUGUCCUUUUUACAGAAGAACUAACAUUUAGUGAAAAGGUUAGACUUUUAUAUAGCCAAUGCUUGAGUUAUACUAUUAAAAAGAAUUCAGACAAGUCCAUAAACAUAACUGUUUAAUCAUUAGAAGUGACAGAAAAU